CUUUUCAGCUGGUCAGGUUUUUUUUUUUUCUUUCUAGGCCUUUGUUCAUGCUGUUGCUCUGUCAGGAGUGCCUUCCUCUCCUCCAAUCCCUAAACUUUGACUCUGUUGUGGAUUCUUGUUGAUCCUGCAAAACCCGCUUGCAAUAUUUUCCUCCUUCAGGAAGUACUCCCAGCUUGUUUUCCUUCUUCCCUCCCCAAAGCCUAGUUCUCAAUUAUCCCCACAUUUGAGUUUCCCCAAAUCUUUGCCCCACCUUCUGCUCUUUUCCCCUCCUUCUCUUUGCAUGGGUGAUGAGUCCCAGCUUUCCUGACAGACUGGGAGUCCUUGGAGACCUUAGCAUUGCCUACCACAAAGGGCUGAGGCACUAUGGGUUUGUUGAUUGAAUGGUUGGUUGGAUUAACACUUCCUCUUCUUGCCCACUCCAGGAACACGAAUAAAAAAUAUAACAUAAUGGCAUUUAAUGCUGCUGAUAAAGUCAACUUUGCUACUUGGAAUCAGGCUCGACUGGAACGAGACUUGAGCAACAAGAAAAUUUACCAAGAGGAAGAGAUGCCCGAGUCAGGUGCGGGCAGUGAGUUCAACCGCAAGCUUCGAGAGGAGGCCCGGAGGAAGAAGUAUGGUGUUGUCCUCAAAGAGUUCCGGGCCGAGGACCAGCCCUGGCUGCUCCGUGUCAAUGGCAAAUCAGGCAGGAAGUUCAAAGGCAUAAAGAAGGGAGGCGUGACAGAGAACACAUCCUACUACAUCUUCACCCAGUGCCCUGAUGGGGCUUUUGAGGCCUUCCCUGUGCACAACUGGUACAACUUCACACCCCUGGCCCGGCACCGCACACUCACUGCUGAGGAGGCUGAGGAAGAAUGGGAGAGGAGGAACAAGGUGCUGAACCACUUCAGCAUCAUGCAGCAACGGCGGCUGAAGGACCAAGACCAGGAUGAGGACGAGGAAGACAAGGAGAAGCGUGGCCGCAAGAAGGCCAGUGAGCUGCGCAUCCAUGACCUGGAGGAUGACCUGGAGAUGUCAUCUGAUGACAGUGAGGCCAGCGGCGAGGGAGGCAGCAGAGCCCCCAAGGCAAAGAAGGUGCUACCCACCAAGGCAGGCAGGAAGAGGAAGAAGAAAAAGGGCUCAGAUGAUGAGGCCUUCGAGGACAGUGAUGAUGGGGACUUCGAAGGCCAGGAGGUAGACUACAUGUCUGAUGGCUCCAGCAGCUCCCAGGAUGAGCCAGAGGGCAAGCCCAAAGUGCUGCAGCAGGAGGAGGGGCCCAAGGGUGUUGAUGAGCAAAGCGAAAGCAGUGAAGAGAGCGAGGAGGAGAAGCCGCCUGAGGAGGACAAGGAGGAAGAGGAAGAGAAGAAGGCACCCACUCCGCAGGAGAAGAAGCGCCGGAAAGAUAGCAGUGAAGAGUCCGACAGCUCGGAGGAGAGUGACAUUGACAGUGAGGCAUCCUCAGCCCUCUUCAUGGCAAAGAAGAAGACGCCCCCCAAGAGGGAGCGGAAGCCCUCAGGAGGCAGCUCAAGGGGCAACAGCCGCCCAAGCACCCCCAGUGCUGAGGGCAGCAGCACCUCCUCUACCCUGUGGGCCGCCGCCAACAGACUGGAGCAAGCCCAGGGUCCUGCCCCACCAUCCAGCUCCCCAUCCCUAAGACUCAGCCCUGACUCUGCUCCAAAAGGGAAGCGGGCAGGUGAGACACCAGCAGCCAAGCGGCUGCGACUGGAUGCUGGGCCCCAGAGCCUGUCUGGAAAGUCAACCCCACAGCCACCAUCGGGCAAGUCAACACCUAGCAGCAGUGAUGUGCAAGUGACUGAGGAUGCUGUGCGCCGCUACCUCACCCGGAAACCCAUGACCACAAAGGACUUGCUGAAGAAGUUCCAGACCAAAAAGACGGGCCUGAGCAGCGAGCAGACAGUGAAUGUGCUGGCCCAGAUCCUCAAGCGGCUCAACCCUGAGCGCAAGAUGAUCAAUGACAAGAUGCACUUCUCCCUCAAGGAAUGAGGCUCUGCUCAAUAAAUAGGCUCUGUUCUCCAGGACUUCUCAGCUUGUGAAGUCUGUGCUCGCUGCCACGUGU